AACAGUUUCUAUUUUCUCUGGUAAGGAAAUUGAACAGGGUUCUUCAGGAUUUUCUCCAACCAACACUGAGUGUCGAUAUGUCUGCUGCCAGCAGUCUGCUGACUGAAGAUCAGUUUCUCUGCUCCAUCUGUCUGAAUGUGUUCACUGAUCCAGUCACCAUACCAUGUGGACACAACUUCUGUAAAGCCUGCAUCACUGAUCACUGGGAUAUUGAUGUCCCGUGUCAGUGUCCUACCUGUAGAAAAGAUUUCAACACGAAACCUGAGCUGCAGGUCAACACUUUGAUCUCUGAAAUGGCUGCUAAGUUCAGACGGUCAACUCAACUGAUACCAGAAGAAGUUCCCUGUGACGUCUACUCAGGGUCCAAAUUGAAAACCUGGAUGUUCUUCCUGGCGUGUCUGAUGUGUGUCUUCAUGGCCUGGAUGGUGUCAGAACAAAACAAACAUGAUUUUUUUCUUCUGAAAGAAGAAUAUGAAGAAAAGAAGAUUGAGCUGUGCAAGACACAGGCUGAAAUUCUGCAGAUGAUCCAGAAGGAGAUCAAACACUCAAUGGAGCUCAGUAAGGAAGACACAAACAGACAGAUCUUAACCGCUCUGAAGGAGUCUGUUGAGAGUCAGGCCGAGCUCAUCGAGACGAUCAAAAAGAAGACAAGAAGGACAGAGAAACUGGCUGAAGGCUUCAUCAAAGAUCUGAAACAGGAAAUCUCUGAGCUGAAGAAGAGAAGCACUGAGGUGGAACAGCUCUAUGUGGCUCAGCAGAAGAAACUCAGUAAACAGAAUACACUGCUCCCUGAGUCUGAUCUGAAGAGGGUCCAGCAGUAUGAAGUAGAUGUGACUCUUGAUCCUGAUACAGCACAUCCUAAUCUCAUCCUGUCUGAUGAUGAAAAACAAGUUAAACAUGGUGAUGUGAGGAAGAAUCUCCCAGACAAUCCAGAGAGAUUUGACUAUUGUGUUAAUGUCUUAGCAAACCAGAGUUUCUCUUCAGGAAGAUUUUAUUAUGAGGUUCAGGUUAAAGGGAAGACUGAGUGGGAUUUAGGAGUGGCCAGAGAGUCGAUCAACAGGAAGGGAUUCAUCCUACUGAGCCCUGAGGAUGGUUACUGGACGAUAUGGUUGAGGAAUGACAAUGAGUACAAAGCUCUUGCUGGCCCUCCAGUCAGUCUCUCUCUGAAGUCUCGGCCUCAGAAGGUGGGGGUGUUUGUGGAUUAUGAUGAGGGUUUGGUCUCCUUUUAUGACGUUAAUGCUGAAGCUCUUAUCUACUCCUUUACUGGCUGCUCCUUCACUGAGAAACUCUACCCAUUCUUCGGUCCAGGUCUUAACAGCGGUGGUAAAAACUCUGCCCCUCUGAUCAUCUCUCCUGUCAGUCACUAAGUAGAACAAAAAUGAUAUAUUAAAAAGAAAAAGAUUAAUUUUCUUUUAAUGCCAUAAAAGUUAACAUAUCAUUUCUUUAGAUUCUGAGUAGAGAAAGAGAUCCUAGUCCAAUUCAUCCAGAGGGUAAAAAGGGAGGCAAAGAUACUGCAGGAGGUGAAUAAAGUUAAAAUGGUAAUUUCUCAGAUUCAUAACUCAGUGAAAUGUGAACACAGACAUGAAACAUGUACAUGAUUAAUUGUGACUUUCUCUUCCUGAGGCCACUUUAUCUCUGAUGUCCAUCGUGAAUCCAUUAAAUAAAGAAGGGACUGAAAGACUUGCCUUAGUAUGAAAAAAAACUUCAAGUAUCAAAUUAAUCCAAUCAUAGUUGUCUGUACAACCAUGGGUACACGGCAAACAGGAGUGUCUGACAGAUUAUUCAGCACACUGUGAUGGAAACAGCUUUCUCCAUUUUCACACAUAAGUUAAAUUUCAUACCAAGAAAGUAAAGUUGUGGAACAGCUCAACGUUAAAGUGAGAGGACGUUGUUUCAGACAGGAUUUAAAUUACAGAAAUAUCAGCUACUUGGCUGUUUAUGCUCAGUUUUCAUAUUUUGAAUGUUUUCUCUAAUCAAUUUUAAAGUGCAUUCAUUACUUACUAUUCUUGGGUUGUGAUUUUAAUUGUUUAGCUCUUUUGAUUUUCUUCAUCUGCUUAGCUGCUUUGUACUUAGCUCAUAAAAUUUACCUACACUCCAUAAUACACUGGACUUUCAUCUCUGGUGCUUAUCGAGGCUCACUUUAAGGUAGAACAAGGCAAUAUAUUGAUAUUAUAUAGAUAUCGUGAUAUGAGACUA